GCAUAGAAGGGAUUCUAAAUAGUAAAGUUACAGUUUGUCAAAAACAUCGAUAAUUUCAGGCAUCAUUUCAUGUAUAAAUAAAGGAAAAAUAUUCCAUUGUCCGUCAGUACAAUUUGAUAACUUGAAGAAUUUUCUAAUAUUUUAUUGAAAGAACCAUCAUCGAGUUGAGAAAUAUGUUGAUUCGAGUAUUAGUCGCGGUAAUACUGGCAUUUUUCAGCCAAGAGGUCUACCUAACGCCAAUAAUCAGCACGACAGAACAGCCAGAACCAGAAGGUUAUAUCGAGCUUGAUCCACCAUUCAUCAGAAUGUUAACACCAAAUAAACCAGAUCGUAUUUUACAAAAGGAAGAUUAUAUAAAUUUGAUACAUUUCGUGAAGCCUAAUUCAUCGGAUCCUGUGUUGUUCGAAUUCGUGGGACCUAAUGGUUGGUCCGAGAUUCUAACUGACCAUCAAUUACAUCGUAUGGUCGAUGGUUAUGUGAUAGCAAUUAUAACAAGUAAACACGCUGAUGAAUUAAGGUCUCCAGGUUUUGGACACUCUUUUCUCAGUGUUAAAAAUGACGGUUCACUUAAAUAUUUUAAAAUAAAUUUAACACUAACAGAAGCGAUAAAAAAAUUGCCGCUCAAUUAUCCGAAUAAUUUUGUGACGUCAAAAUUCCCUUAUCACGAUUCAUUUAUAGAGCCCUGA